CAGUUUUUUUUCGGGCAAGUACCAAACUACGGCCUAUUUAUCGCUUAUCAUAACACACAUGAAGAAAAAAAACAGUACGUGGUUUGUGCUAACAUUUAGCCUCACGACAGAGGCAACAAUGAGUGGCUUAUGAAGCCACUCUCUUGACCACUUGAUGUGUAUUUUGCCUCGUCUAUUAUUAAUUAGGCCGGAGAACUAUUUGAAACCUUUUGCUCUACACAUUUGAGUAAGCAAAUUGUGCGAUUUCCUCUGCCAGUGAACCAAGAUCAAAAUUUGUUCAAAUCUCUCCACCUGUUAUUUCGGAAGAGAGUUUACGAAGGAUGUGACGUGGUAAAGCAGCUGAAGUAGGCCUAAAGGGAACGGACAGAUAAAGGACAGAAUUGAUUACCUCCUCUGCUUCUGCGACAAACGGUUCGAGGGGAAACACGGUAGCAAUUUUGUAGAUGUCAUUCGAGUAGCAUCUACUAUUUCGACCUACAACUACAAGUAUAAACAGCUGUGUGUAUAAAGUUUGAAGACCGGCGGAGAUGUUUUCAGAUCUACUAGAAAUAGAGGACAUGGACAUCGAUGACCUGUGCUAUCCAAAGACGUGUACCACCGUUGGCCCCGCAGAACCUCCAUUAUCAUCAGCGACAGUGUCAUAUUCCUCAUCAUCGUCAACCAUAAUGUCCACGACUAACUUCUUUCAGCCACCCGAGUCUCCGACCUGCAAAUAUAUUUGUAUGUUGGACAGAAUUGCUUCAGAUAACCCUGAUUUACACAGUGAAAACUUCACUGACGAACGCUGUAAUAGUAACAAUGAAGAAUAUCGUGUCCUAGAAACUUGCCCUUUUGAUCCGCGGACUUCUCCUAGCGGGGUAUUCAUUCCUGACUCAAAAGACUUCAUAGGCAAAGACAGUCCCCAGUAUUCUGAUCUUGACGCAACUUCAGCGAAAAGAACUGCAGAACGAAUAGAGACGCCAAAUCCGCAUAACGUGGUAAAAACACAAACAUCGCCUUGUCCUUUGGCUGUCUCAGCGAAUUUAUCACCUCCAGAUCCCGGACAGAGUAGGUCGCCGGGGAGCAAUGACGAAUCUGAAAUUACAGAUGUCCGAGUAGCUGUAACUACGAAGACAGACACCUUUGAGACGACUACCUCGGCCUUUCCCACCUCAGAAACGCCAACGGCAGCAGCGUUCAGCAAAGAACGGACUAAAAGGAAGAGACGGCAACCUCGAGAUGUGUCACGCCUGGAGGAGAAGAGCAAGAGUUUGCCCCCUUGUCGCGUGUGUAAAGAGCAGGCGACCGGGUUCCACUACGGGGCUCAUACGUGUGAGGGUUGUAAGGGUUUUUUCCGGCGUGCUAUGAAAGUCCACCCCACCUUCAAGUGCAUCGCCAAAGGGCGUUGUGACGUUACAGGCCCCAGCCGGAAACUGUGUCCUUUCUGUCGCUACAAUAAAUGUGUUUCUGUCGGAAUGUCUAAAGAUGCGGUGAAAAUCGGUCGUUACACCUGUGAGACCCGAUCGAAAAACAUCCAAGAAGCUCUACUAGCCAAACAGGAGCACGAGAAACAGCUUCUAAUUGAGCAACAGGAGGACGAAGAACGACUCAAACGAGAACAACAAUUACAGCUACUGGGAGAACUAGCUGGGGCAAAGUACGGCGACAGCGACAUUCUCUCUUUGCACAGUGUCAGCCGCAUUCUGGAAAUGUACAAUGGAAUGGAAAAAGACCCAUUCGACAGAGCCCAUGCUUGUGGAAACUCUCAAAAUGGCUAUCGAGAUGAGCAACGACUUGGGUCGAAAAGAUCUUCCAAACUACCGAACCAUGAUCAUAACACUGACGAAUUGGCAAACCUUGGGUUUGCGCCUUAUAGACAACAGGGAAGCGGAUCUGAAAACUUUAAAGUCGUAUCAGAAGGAAGCGACAUAAACUAUACAGCCUUGCUUCAGUCGACCAGCAGCAUUGCACCGCACAACUCUCAUGGGCCAUGUUCAGAUACGAGCUCCCUAACUUACAUGUCAGAUUUGUUGCAGACGUCAACAGUUUUUGAUACGUCAUCGGAUUCUUCCCCGGACUCCUCCCCACCUCCACGGCAUGAACCAUCCGUCCCGGAACCCUCGAAAAUGUCUCAUAUUUCGUCUAUUUUGUCUCAGUAUGGAGAAAUAGAAGAGGAUUACCUUGACGAAUCACAGCUUGUUCGUGACUUGGAUCUGGGGUCAAUAGCAACGUUAACGCAUGGGGAAGACAAUGUAAAAGAAACAGAAGAGCAGGUGGUAAAAAUGAUCAAAGCCAAGUUCACAGUCCACAAUUUUUCCAUGAUGAAGAGGCUUCUCACACAUUUGAGCAAGUUUCAGAGGCUCAACUCUGCCAGGUACGAGACGGCCACGCGUCCCAUCCCAGGUACUGAUAGUCACCAGCUGGACACUAUCAUUCACGAUUUGUUCCUGUCCCACAAUCGUACCCUACUCGUUUGCGAUUACUGGCCAGAGCACUUUAUCCGAUAUCUGCAAAAGAACUAUUUGGAAGGGCAUCGCCUAAAGGAGAGUGUUUUCGGGGAUGCUCUACAUCAUCUUCCAGAAGAAACAGUUUUUCAAGUCUACAAGAAGACCGGCAUGGAUUUAGACGGCAGGAUAAACAGGGCUAAGGAGCCAAUCCGAGCAUUCGGUUCCUUGGUCGGUAUGCUGGGUACAACACAGACCUAGCUGUUGCCAUUUUUCCUAACGGUGCCUGCUACCACCGCAAAGACCUGCACACCUUCUACAGUUAUGAGUACAUUGACGCCUGUUUCGACAAGGCGACUGAACUCCAGAAAGAGGGACUACCUUCUGAGGUGAUGGUACUACUGAAGGCUUUGUCUCUGACAAUGUCAGACACGGGAAAACUCAAGAAUCCUUACGCUGUCGAAAGUCUCCAGAACCUUCUUCUGACUUGCUUGCGUCAUUCCCUUAGGAACAGUCACCCUCACGCUGAUCCCCUUGCCAUGGUGGGCCAAGCCUUGACCAGUCUGAAUGGCGUCAGAUCUGUCGCAAGCAUGGCACGCUUUCACCGACAGAAAUACGUUUGGCAGGAGAUCAUAUCCCAAAGACCUCUUAUCAAAGAACUUGAAGAUUCUGACUAGACUCUAGUGAAAAGGCAUACGUAACUUGUAAGGCAACUGAUGACAUUACGACUUAUUUCACUAUAGAAUUGUACAUUAUAAGACAGGAAGAUUCGAUGAAGGAAUAAUAGAAAUGUUUAUAAUAAUAUGAUACUAGUUCCUCUCUUAGUUGUCUGACUAUGACCAAAUUAUCAUAAACAGAGAAGUAUAUUUCUUGAGCGAAAUAGAAGAAAAACGGGAAGUUUCUGCCAUGACCAAUGAGACCAGUUUGCCACAUUUUGAGCAAAUGAAAGCUUCAUUUCCACUUGAGGGUGUGUCCAGCUUGUAGGCUCCUCUCUUGGCUUCAGCACCAUCUCCUCGUUUCGAAUAAACGCUUUUCCCGGUAGAAUAGCCCCCCCCCCCAAUCUCCACCUUCCUGUAAUAGAAAAACACAAAUUUGAAUUUGAUUACAAAAUAAUUUGACGUUCUUUUUCUUUAUGUUCCCUCGCUAGUUCUAUUGGGAAGUCGACUGCUGGUUCUGCAACCUGCGGUGCUGCUGGGUUUACGUAUGUGACCGUUUUUGUUACGUCGUGAGCCCCUAGCUUUCAGGCAGCCACAUUCAUAACGAGAUAGGAAUAUACGAUGUAUUUGAAUUGAUCACAAACUAUUCUUUCUUAUUUCACUCUUUCAAUCGGCAAUUUUAUGAAAACAAGAUUUUGAACUGAGAAUUUUUGAAUUGCAACUUCGCAUCUAUCCUGCUUUGUAGGUAAUGGCGUAUACAUUAAAAUCAUUAUUUCCCCAAGUUUUAGUUAUCCUUUUGUAAGAUAUUGUGAAAAACAAUUUUGCUGUAAAUUUGCUCUUUUUUGCAUUAGUCAGAAGUGACGGAAUGCGUUCCUUAUUAAUUGUCCAACAUUUGGAUUUUACCGAAACAGAAGUUUGCGUUGUGAAUGUAGAAAGCAUCGAAUCCACUGAUACAUGUACUAGAAAGCACACUGUUCGAAGGUCGACAACCUUUUGGUCAGGGGAUUGCGUCGAUCACGUCCUCAUACUAAGAGCAGGUAUGAUUUUCCCCAUCAGGAAACAGAUAGCCCUGUCUGUUGAAAUAUUGUUGUGUAACAUAUCAAACUACUACUAUAACAAUAAGUGUGACUGUGUAAAGAAUACUUUUGGUGUUUUUUGGGUCACCGUAUAUAAAUAAAACCACCCACUAUAUAAUGACAUGAUAAUC